UCCACUCGUCAGCCUGAACACGGCAGCGGAUACUUUCCCCUGCUUCCUCCGGCCCCCGUCUCCUUCGUUUGGCUGCAUUCAUGGUCUCCCUGCUCCCUCGCGCGCCCUACCUCGCCUCCCUCCCCAAGUCCGCCUCCUCCUCGCUGCGGCCGUCCCCGCCCGCCAUGUCGUCGUCCUCCUCUGCCGCCCGUGCGGAGGCGGUGGCCCGGCCGAGGAAGCUGCCGGUGCUGCUGUUCGAUGUCAUGGACACCCUCGUCAGGGACCCGUUCUACCACCACAUCCCCGCCUUCUUCAAAAUGUCCAUGAAGGAACUACUAGAAAGCAAACAUCCAACGGCAUGGUCAGAAUUCGAGAAGGGACUGAUUGAUGAGAAUGAGCUGGCCAAAAAGUUCUUCAAUGAUGGCAGAUGUUUUGAUUUGGAAGGUCUCAAAGAGUGCAUGGUGAGAGCAUACGAGUACAUUGAUGGUGUCGAAGAUAUUCUUUGUUGUUUGAAGAAAAAUAACUAUGAGAUGCAUGCUUUUACCAAUUAUCCAGUAUGGUACCAGUUAAUCGAGGAUAAGUUAAAGCUCUCAAAGUAUUUGUCCUGGACAUUUUGCUCUUGUCGAACUGGAAAACGCAAGCCUUCACCUGAAUUUUAUCUUCAAGCUAUAGAUCAUCUCAAUGUUGAUCCAGCAAGCUGCAUUUUUAUUGAUGACAGAAUGGUAAACAUUGAAGCAGCUCUUAGUGUAGGAAUGGUUGGGUUGCAGUUUAAAAAUGCUGAGGCUCUGAGGAAAGACUUGUGUGCUCUGGGAGUUGAAUUACCUCCUCUUGUUUGCGAAGGUGAAGCACAAGUACAAUAAUUCUGCAUCCUUCCUUGUCUCACGCUUAACAAAAGCACAAGUUAAAUGUACAUAUAUAUUAAUAUAUAAUCCGUUUGCUUCAUGAGCUAUGUCAACAAAUUGAUGCGCUCUGCUUGUCUGAUUUA